UCUUCAACUACCAAGUACACAGAAUGACUAACAAUAUUGAAUCACCGAUGUGCAACGGUAGGACUUCAUCCUGCCCACUCAAGGUCAUUAUUAUCGGUGCAGGAAUCUCGGGCCUUUCCGCUGCCAUCUGCCUGGCAAAGGCUGGACAUAUCGUCACAGUCUUAGAGAGCCGAUCUGACCUUCGAGAGAUUGGUGCAGGAAUCCAAAUUGCUCCCAACACGUCUCGCCUCCUCAUUCGAUGGGGUCUUAAACCUUCGUUAGACGAGGUUUCCGACCUCCCUGAAGAUUUCUCUGUGUUACGGUACGACAACGGCAGUGUCUUGGACUUUGUGCCCUAUGGAUCUGCUAUGGCCGAAGCACAAGGUGCUCCGUAUUAUUGCCUACACAGACGCGACUUAAUUGACAUACUGCACGACACUGCGCGUCCGCUGGUGAAGAGCAGGCUCAACAGCAAAGUAACUUCAAUCGACCCCGCCAACGUCUCCGUCACUUUACACACGGGCGAAGUCCUCGAAGCUGAUCUUAUCAUCGGCGCUGAUGGCAUUAAUAGUGUUACGCGUGAUAUUGUGGCAGAAGUGCCAGUUCGCUCUAUACCCAGCGGAGAAGCCGCCUUUCGUGCUACCAUCGACACAACUCGGAUGCUGUCUGAUCCCGACCUUCGUCCUUUGGCCGAAAAGCCGCAAAUCAGCGCAUGGAUAGGACCCCACAAGCACGUAGUCGGAUAUAAUAUAGGAAGAAAUAAAUACAACUUCGUUAUACUCCACGAAGACGACACCGAGGAUUCCAUGGCCUUAUGGACUCGACCUGGAGAUAUCGAACAAAUGAAGAAGGAAAUUUCUGGUUGGGAGCCUCGAGUUGGAAAACUAUUGGACCUUGUCACCUCUUCGAUCGUAGGCUCUCUCAAAGGUCUCGAAACUCCACUGCAGUCUUGGGUGCAUAAGAAUGGACGCAUUUCUUUAAUCGGGGAUGCUUGUCACCCAAUGUUGCCAUAUCGGGCGCAAGCUGCCUCAAUGGCCAUCGAAGAUGCCACCGUGCUCGGUAACCUGUUCGCCCACAUCACAGACAAAGAUCAAAUCCCAUCUCUCUUAGAAGCCUACGAAAGUCUCCGACGCCCUCGUGCUACCGAAACCACCGAUGGCUGUUGGUCUGAUAAGACAAUGUUUCACCUGGAAGACGGUCCGGAACAACGUGCGCGAGAUGAGGCUCUCAAAGCGAUGAUGGGCAAGAUUUCCGGGAGCGGUCGGAACUACGACGUUCAAUAUGGGUAUGAUGUGGAUGCAGUUAUGACUGAUUGGUGGAAAGAGCGUGACUAGGAUUCCAUACCCACACAAAUACAUGACGGAUGAAAUUUCGAAUAGACACUUUCUGGGGCUUUGACAAGAUAUUCUUAGCGCCAACCACGGAACGAUAAAGGUUUGCUGGGUUUUGGACCUAGUAAUGUUCCCACUUGACAUUCUGCUGACGCAAGAGACCUUAUCCUGGGUAACAAAGCAUGUUAAGUUGAAGAUCAUACACUACCUGUUCCACAGUGUCAACAGCUUUUGCCGAUUACGUACUAAACGCAUAGCAUGAGUUUUUUGGGUUAUAUGAGGGUAAGACAAGACAUAGUGUGAUACUAUUUCUAUGGACGGAGGCCAUGCGAAUUUUGUGCCUGGAGGCAUAGUCAGUAGCAGGAUGGCUGAAGGCUGGGCGUUCGGAUUCUUGCGCCGAGUAAUG